UGUCUGGUCAUAAAAAUGUUGUAAACAUACUUGCGUUCGACUAGUUCCGCAAAAAUGACGGACCCAUCUCCUUCUCAAACGAUGCAAGAACCGACUACUUCCACUGUGACAGUCGUCGAAACUGUCGAGCCCGAUGAACAGGACCAUGAAUUGCCAACUCUUAAGUUAAAGUUGACAAAGCCCAAAAACGAUAAAAAAGUUAAGUGGACGAAUGAGACCGUGGAUAAUGAAAACUUGAAUAAAAAGAAAUCAAAAUGUUGCUGUAUUUACGAGAAACCUAGGAAUUUCGAUGAGAGCAGUUCUGAGGAAGAUUCAGAUGAUGAGUGUGAGCACUGUAAGGGUCAUGUGGAGAAGAAGAAGAAAAAGAAACAAUCGGGGGAAGAACAUCCUAUUAAUUGUGAACACUAAGACUGCAUUUGUGGGUUAUUAAUGUAUUCCAAUAUCAAAUUAAAAUGGGAUGAAAGUCUCUCAAACGGUGGGGGAUUGGUAGUGUUUAUAGACAAAUGUGAUAAAAGCAAUGUAUUAUCGAUAUCAUAGAGAAAAAAUAUUGUGAUCAUGUUUUUGUCUUUACUAAUUCAUUUUUACCAAAAUCAUAACUUCAAUGUUACUGUUUACUUAUCAAGUGGCUUGCCAUCGUCCUGUUAAUAAACUCAACUCAGUGUUUUUGUAUUUGUAUUUCCAAUGCAAAGGCUUCUAAUCACUUCACUAUUGUGUGUUCAAAUAGACCUGCGUUUAUUUAUUUUUUAUGUUAAUUCUUUACACAUACUUAUUUUGUAGCUGCAAUUUAACAUUUCCAUUUUUAUAAAUACUUGAGUUUCCAUUGAAGCAAUAUUUUGUGGCUAAUAUGUGACGUGUUAACAGUACAAACCCGUAAAUAAUAAGAAGGUUAAACUAAUUCACAUGAUUUGUUACACGCCAUUUUUAAAUUGUAAUAAAUCAUUUUUGUUUUUGUA